AUGUAUCUAAUGCAAUGCACCAGACCCAACAUUGCAUUCUUUGUUGGUAAGAUGAGUAGAUACACUAGCAAUCCAAAUGGUGAGCAUUGGAAGGCAGUUACAAGGAUAUUUGGUUAUCUUUCAAAAACCAAAGAUCUUGGACUUCAUUAUAAUAGGUUUCCAGCAAUACUAGAAGGAUAUAUCGAUGCUAGUUGGAUAUCGAGUGCUGGAGAUCAUAAAUCCACCACUGGGUGGAUUUUCACAUUGGCUGGAGGAGCAAUUUCUUGGAAGAGCAAGAAACAUACGUGUAUUACCCUCUCCACCAUGGAAUCAUAA